AUGCCUCGUACACCAGUAUACUUCCUCUCCCAUGGCGGACCGAACAUUAUUGAAGAUUACGACCAUCCAGCCUAUACCAAACUCCAAGAAAUCGGCAAGGAGAUCACGCAAAAAGUCAAACCCAAAGCUGUGGUUGUCUUCUCGGCACACUGGCAGGCUUCGCGCAACACCAUCGAGGUCAACACAGCAGAACAACUUCCCUUGAUCUACGACUUCUAUCAAUUCCCAGCACAUUACUACAAACUAAAGUAUCCGAACACCGGCAGCAAAGAAGUCUCUUCCCGGGUGUUGGGUGCACUGAAGGAAGCAGGUAUAGACGCCAAAGGCGUCCCCAGGGGUCUAGAUCACGGUGUCUUCGCCCCUUUCACCGUUGCUUUCAAUCCCGAGAGCAAUCCUCUGAAUGUGCCAUUGGUGCAGGUCUCACUCUUUGACAGCGAUGAUGCAGACCAGCAUUACAGACUCGGAGUGGCAAUGCAAGGGCUGAGAGACGAGGGGAUUCUGGUGAUAGUAAGCGGUAUGGCUGUGCAUAAUCUGAGGGAUAUGUGGAAGGCUAUGCAGCGACCGGCUCCAAUGCCUUACACUCUUAGCUUUGACGCUGCAUUGAAGGAGGCCGCGGAGCAACAGCCAGAGAACAGGCAAAAGGCAAUGGCGGACUUGUUGCGCAGAAGUGAUGCAAGACAGGCACACCCAUCUUUCGAACAUUUGCUGCCUAUUCACAUUGGUGCUGGAGCUGCGGGGAGUGAUAUCGGUAAACAGCUUUGGACUCUGCCUCAAGGUAGCAUGUCUUGGGCGCAAUACAGAUUUGGUGAGGUUGGCAAUGUUACAGCUUAG